AUGGACAAAUCGAAACAUUCCGUUUAUUUACGAACGGAAUGUCGAAAUCUUGAGAAAGGAAUCCUUUUCCAACAAGGUCGUGUUCGUGCUCUUGAAGAUGAACUUGAAACGCCGAUGAAUAUCCACAGAUGGCGUUUCUUAGAAGCAUCGAAUCCAGAACUUCUUAAUCUCCUCAAGAUGACACAAGAACUCCGAAACAAACUUAUGGAACGUCUUUAUCGAAUCGACAAACUUAAAGUUCUUCGUGAAGAACGUCGUAAACUUCUUGUUCGCGAACAAAGGAAAGUUGGAAGUCAAACGAAAGAUGACGGUGAUGAAGAAAUUAGAAUUCUUGAAGAACAGCUCGAAAUGAAGACGAAACAACUUCAAGAGAUCGAAACAGAGCUGUUUGAUCGCUCAAGUAACAUCGAUGAACUUAAGAAGAGUGUUGAAGAAGUUCGUGGUGAACUCAAUUACACUAAAUCAUCAUAUUUCAUGGAGAAGAAGAAAGUCCACGAGAUGAGGUCAUCAACACAGUCAAAAACAGAAGAAAUAGCAGGAAACACAGCCAAGUUCAUUGGCGGUGGAUUCCCAGUCAGUUCAGUUCCUUCAACAGCACAAUCUAUCUCUGCAAUCGAAGGGAACAAGAUAAACAAAGCAAUCGUAAUUCCGAAAGUAACAAAUUCUCGUCCUUCGAAAGUUUUACCUAAAGGAUGGAAUCCAUCACGACAAGCACUCAAACCUUUCUUACCAACUGUCUCCGAACUUCGUGCUUAA